AUGGCUGACUGGGCGGGCGAGCGCUGGGCGGACGUGCGGCAGCCGGGCGUGCUGGCGGUGGUGCGGAAGCGGCUGCAGCUCUGCAGGGACAAGGGCUUCCUGGGGGUCGAGGCUGACAAUGUGGACAUGGUCAACCUGGACACGGGCCUGAAGAACUUCACGGCGGCAGACCAGCUGGCGUUCAUCGCCAAGGUGGCGACAGCCGCCCACGAACUUGGGCUGGCGUUCGGCCUCAAGAACGACUUGCUCCAAGUCAAAGACCUGGCCCCCACCGGCCUCGUGGAUUUUGCCAUCAACGAGUCGUGCUCCGAGUACACGGAGUGCAAGCUUUACCGGCCGUUCCAGGAGGCGGGCAUCCCGGUCUUCAACGUGGAGUACAGCAAGGCCGCGUUCGACCGGCUGUGCGGGCUGUCGGGCACCGUCAAGGGCAUCCGGUCGAUCUUCAAGUCGAAUGACCUGAAGGCCGUGCCGCGCGCAGCGUGCCCUGGUCAACCAUGA